UCGACGCGAAACCACUGGUGGCGUCAGAGCGUGCGUAGGAGAACCGCGUUGUGUAGACACCAACCUGUUUUCACGGGAAAUGUUCGCCACGGUCGAGUCGACAUAUCUCCAUGUCGACUCCGUUUCGUCCUGCGGAUGAACUGUUGCAACUGUACGCGGAAAAUGACACUGUCCAUCGACCCAGAGGUCCACUGUGAUUGCCCUGUGUGCGGACGUUAUUUACAAUGUUUUUAAGAGAGUUAUUGUUGUGCAGUGCUGUGCUCGUGUUCGCCUCCAACAAGGUUUACCUGGCCGAUGCUUCACCGUUAGAUCCUGUUCGACACAUUAAAGACAUAAACCUGAAAUCCUGGCUGCGCCAUUUCGAGCCGGCCGACUACGAUCCGACGGAGCUGAACAUCCGACGGAGCCGCGUCAGGCGGGAGCUCACCGAUCGACCGAACAUCAGAUUGGACAUCAAGGGCUACAAUCGGGUGUUUAAGUUGAGACUGGUACCGGACAAAGAGGUGUUUGCCGGCGACGUAUUAUUCGAAUCGACUAGAGGACUGAUUAAUUUCGAUCCCGGAGUUGUGUACACUGGAACUUUAGAAGAUGACGAAUCUUCAACGGUUCACGGCCUCAUAACCAGCGAAGGUUUGUUCGAGGGCACCAUAACCACACCAUCGGACGAAUACCACAUAGAACCACUGAGUCGUUACUUGAACUCGAAAGAUUCCAAGUCGCCUGCCACCUACCACUCAAUUGUAUAUAAGACAUCAGACGUCCAGGAUCCUAGAAAAGGACAGCCAUGUGCCUCGCACCAACUCCACCAGAACGGCCUCCACCAUUCGCAGAAGAGCUACUCGAAAUACAGACGGAAACGAUGGUUGCUGGAAGGCGAAGCCAAACUGCCUUACGACGACUCGAAUUAUCUGCAUCCAAACAGGAGCAGAAUACACUUCACCUCGCCAUUCGACCUGAACCAACCCAUAGAUGAGGAGAUGGACAUGCUUACUAACAGAACGAACGUCGACAUUUCCGGUUUGAUAUUCCGAAACGUCAACAAAAGGGCGACCGUCGAUCCGAAGAAGACCACGUGCAUGCUGUAUUUGCAGGCGGAUCAUCAUUUCUUUUCGAAAUACGGCACCGAGGAAGCUUGCAUCGAAGUUAUGACGAGGCACGUGCAACGCGUCAAUUCCAUCUACAAAAUCACUGAUUUUAAUCAAGAUGGAAAACCUGAUAACAUAACUUUUAUGGUGAAGCGAAUAAAAGUCCAUACAACCGAAGCAUUAAGAGAUCCUCUAUACAGAUUUCCUAAUAACUACGGUGUAGAAAAGUUCUUAGAGCUCUUUUCCGAGGAAGACUACGAUGCCUUUUGUUUGGCAUACAUGUUCACGUACAGAGACUUCGAAAUGGGAACUUUGGGAUUAGCGUGGACUGGUGACUUGAAAAACGCCGGAGGAGUUUGUGAAAAAAACGGGCACUACCGCGGCAGCAUGAAGUCCCUGAACACCGGGAUAGUGACUCUGCUCAACUACGGCAAACACGUCCCGCCUGCGGUCUCUCAUGUUACCCUGGCACACGAGAUUGGUCAUAAUUUUGGAUCGCCGCACGAUCCCGAACAAUGUACUCCAGGUGGCGAGGAUGGGAAUUACAUUAUGUUCGCCAGGGCUACAUCCGGAGAUAAGAAGAAUAAUAAUAAAUUUUCGCCUUGUAGUUUAAAAAGUAUCAAUCCCGUCCUAAACUUUAAGGCCAGAUCACCGAAAGGCUGUUUUACCGAACCGCAGGCGUCUUUGUGUGGAAACGGAGUGGUAGAAGAAGGGGAAGAGUGCGAUUGUGGGUGGGAAGAAGACUGUCGAGACCAGUGUUGCUUCCCGCAAAGACGUUACCCACCAAUUGACGAACCCCCAUGUAGAUUAACUCCUCGCAGUCAGUGCAGCCCCUCUCAGGGUCCAUGCUGUACGUCGGAGUGUAGAGUUAAAUUUGGAGAUAAAUGUAGAGACGACAACGGCUGCCGGGAUGAAAGUUUUUGCAAUGGCCGGAAUCCCCAGUGCCCUCCAUCUGUUAACAAACCAAAUAAGACUAUAUGCAAUAAGGAGUUUGUUUGCUUUAUGGGAGAAUGCACAGGAUCAAUUUGUUUGGCCUACGGCCUGGAAUCUUGUCAAUGCAUCCCCGGAAAAAGCGACCCGAAGACUAAAGCCUGCGAACUGUGCUGUAAACUGCCCGGCGACAAUCAGCCCUGCAUCUCGUCAUUCAACUGGAAUGACAUGCCUUACGACAUCCCGGACAUGUAUUCCAAGCCAGGAACGCCGUGCAACGACUACAACGGGUACUGCGACGUAUUUCAAAUGUGCAGGGAAGUCGACCCCUCCGGGCCUCUGGCCACGUUGAGAAAACUGUUGUUAAGCGAGGAAAGUAUUGCCAGUUUUAAAAGAUGGGUGCUCGACUAUUGGUAUGUGGUGGCCGCAGUUAUUGCCGUUGUCAUCGUUUUACUGAUAUUGAGCACCAAGUAUCUUGGUAAGAAGCCGAAUAUCAAACUGAAGUCCGUCACAAUAGUUCACAGUUCCACAACGGAAGCAGUUCGACUGCCAGUGGAUGAAAAUGGAGUAACAGUCCAUCCUGGCAUCAGAUCAAAACUGCCGCUCAAACGGAAAGUCAGAGACGGUAAAGUGAGAAGAAAGAAAAAGGUUAAGGAAUCAAUUAACAACAACUUGAACAGCCCUAACAAAAGUAAGGUAUCACCUAAGAAGAAGAAACGCGUUUCUGCAGCGGUGGGGGCGGAAGAAUCGAGAAAGAAGCCCACGGAGGCUACGAUAAUAGAAGUGCCUCACAGCAAAGUUAAGAAAGGCAACAAUCUGGCUAACAAGAAGAAAAAGAAGAAGAAGGAAAUAAUCGAUUACAGUGGGGCACAAACAGACGCUGACGGCAAGAAGGGCUUGAUCAACGCCGAAGUCGUCCACAAUCCUUUAACUCCAGAAGCCGAUCCAGUAGGCAAAGUACAAAAUUGGCUCAUGAAAUCGCAAUACGCCUUGCCCAAAUCGAAAUCCACUCCGGUUGGGUUAACAGACAAAUCAAGGCGUAGUCCGCAUAAAAGACCAACCAUAAGGCCUCGAACGGACAAGAGCAAGUCGCACAGCAUAGGCAACAUACCAAGUGAAAAAGAGAAGGUACGCCUACAAGUGGUUUACAAACCUCCGUUCAAGUUUAGCGUCAAGUUGCGCAAACCGGAAAAGACUAGCGUGGUGAUCGAACCGGUGAAGGUGCCGAGAACGGGCGUUCUGGUGCGAACCGUCCGCGAGGCGAAAGAGCCGAAACCCCUGAAGCUGGCCGACGGGAAGACCGUCUCGAAGCCGGCACCGCAGACAAGUGACCGGCCGCAACAGAGCGUCGACGUGACCGACGCCAUCGACGACUCGAACCUGCAUACCGUCCAGUCCGAUCUUGAGGUUCUGUUGUCGGAAAGCGAGUUUCUAUUCCCAGACGACUGACACGAUGUAAUUUCGCGAAUUAGCAAUUUAAGGCUGUGGAAAUAUUCCGCACUUCUUUGAGAUGCUUUACCUACUAUCUAAGUUUAUAACCCAUUGCCAUUACAUUCCAACUUGAUAUGCAAAAAGUGUUUUGGCCUAUAUUAUACAUCAAAACGAAUCAACUAAUGAAGGCCUAAAUCAAGUGUGUUUCACUCUAAUUGUAAAGUCUACUUUGAGUAUAUCAAGUUAAGUAAAAUAUACACAGGGUGCUAAUUUAUUCCUUUAACUUGCUAACAAAUUGUAUUAUAUCUAUUCUAUCAUAAAUCGAGUUAUUAUUGUUGAGUUUCCACCCUGUCUGUAUAAGAAAAAAAGUUAAAUAUUGCGACGGCUCUUAUCAGCACAGAUGAAUAUGUAUGUAAUUGUUCCCCCUCCAAUAAUAAGUAAAAAAUCUAGAGUGAUGUGUAUGAUUUCUAUAUGUGUGUGUUCGUUUGUCUGUCUGAGUGGAGACUUAUAUACGGGUGAAACUUUUUUAAUUGUUAUCAGUAAUUAGAACGUUAACUAAGACCAGUCCUUUGAAAGAAGGAAGAUAUUAAAAUUAACUGGCAGCUAAUAUCAUCUUAUCUAUGGGAGCGAUCGGGUAUUAACGCUAGAUUAAUUUUAACCAAAGUUUGUCAACUAUAGGCAUUGGUCUCAGAGAAUAACAGUCACCACAAUUAAAAUUUAAUAAAAAAAUCAAAAAUAUAAAAACAGUACUUGUUUUUCUUAUAUUUUCUCUGGAGACUAGUGAAUAAACAGUGAUUUUAUUAGGAUAAAUUCAAUAAGUGUGCGUGAUAUACAAAAUAACAUAACUUUAAUGUGUUGCCAUUAAAAUAUUUUUACACUGUAUGCUGACAGAUCAAUUGAAGUGGACGACAAAAUUAUGUAUAACUUAUGUGAUAUUUUCCAUAUGAACAAAAACUCAAGAUCAAUUAAACUUAUGUUAUUUUAUAUUUUGUCCUGUACAAAAUGAGAAAUAUAUAUUUAUUUACUUGACUGUAAAUAAUUUCUGCUUUGAUGGUAUUUUUGCAGUGCCAUUUUGUACUGUGAAUCUGGUAGUCUAAAAUUAGAUAAAUAAGAAUAAAGCAUUAUUUUUAAAUAAACUGUAAGUUGUACUUUAAACUGUUCAAACCUUUUAUAAAAAGAACCUGUGUCAACAAAAGAAUUUGCGUGCCAAAUUGCUUUUACAAAGAAGAUCUUUUGUAGUUCCGUAUUUUACCAAUUUUAUAUUUUCGAUAUUAAUUGUUGAUCUUCCAAAAAUUGUAUCGAUUUUAAACAAUUUGUACUGCAAUUAAUGUAUUCAUUCUUAAUUUUAGUGAUUCAGGACUUGUACUUAAUUUUACUUUAAUAAAUUUUUAUAAUGUUUUA